CUAAUUCUGUGAACGCGCCUUCAAAUCAAAUAAAAUGAAAUCCAGACCAGAAGCGCCCUCACGGAGACUUAGAUUAUGCCGUAAAAGCGGGCGUGCUUGGAGACCCGACGCUCGCUCUUGCUUCCAUUCCACGUCGCUGCGUAUCUAUCGUCGCGAAACCCACCGAAUGUUCGUCGCAGAACUCGGCUCCCGAACCCUAGUUGCGGAAAUAAUGAUCGAUCGACAACGGAAGAGUGCGACACCGAGUUGGCCGAACACCUUGCGAUGUCAGCCCGCUUUGAUAGCUGUGCUUUGUCAUUUCGGUACCUUGACAUUCUCUACCAUGAAGAUGGUCUAAUGACCAUUCAAACUAAAGACCGGUCCCGGGAAUAAUUAUGCAAUGUACCGGCGCUUUUGAAUGUCAUCAUUUAGGCACCCGGGAAGCGGGGACGCGAGAACACUGAACCAUCUUAAUUCUUCCCGA